UGCAAAAAUACUAAAUACUAAAUCCAAGUACACAAAAUCUCUCCCAUUGUUCGAACUGGCUGUCUAAUUGCCAUAAUUACAAUUGCUAUUAAAACGGACGUAAUUCCAAGGAUUUUACAUUAUCUGGCAAUUGUUUACGCCAUAUAAAGUGUAUAACGUUUUCAAAUUCGGUAGGAGUCAUCAAGUGUUGGUGAAAACUUUUUCGAAAUAAAAUCUCGAAAAUGAGCCGUUGUGAUUUCAAAAUAGUGUUGUUAGGGAGCGAACAUGUUGGAAAAACUAGUUUGGUGAUCAGAUUCGUGAACUGUAGCUUUAAUGCUGGGACUCCGUAUCAAAAUACUAUUGGUGCAGCGUUUUGUGCAAAAACCAUGCGCUCUGAUGGUAGAGACUUCAACGUUGGCAUCUGGGACACCGCCGGCAGUGAAAGGUAUGAAGCAAUGACGCGCAUGUACUACCGCGGCGCGCACGCCGCCGUCAUCUGCUACGAGCCGUCCUCUCUCCUCUCCUGGAGCAGGCUGAGGCACUGGCUCACUGAGCUGAGGACAGUUGAAGAGGAUUGCAAAGUGUACCUUUGUGGCACCAAGAAAGACCUCUUGGACUCCGGCCUCGCUCAGCGCGAGGUCCCGGAGGAGACCGUGGCCACGUACAGCCAGGGACUAAGGGGACAUUUCCUGACCUCUAGCAAAACUGGAGAAAACGUGGAGGAACUCUUCCAGAAGAUAGUGGACGACUGCGCGUCCGACCAGCGACUGAUGCGAAACGUCGAGGAGCUGCGAGUGCAAAUACUGAAGGACGAAGCUGCCUACCGCGCCAAGGACAAGCAAUAUUGCUUAUGUUGAACACUAACAGUUACCUCACAAGUCCCGAUGUUCUUUUAAAAGGACAAAGUCAAAUCUAUUUUG